AUGUUCUUUCUGUACGAGGAGACAAAAUAUGAGUGUCAGACCGUUAACGGCUUCCCUAGUCCCAGUCGCCCUUCACAGCGUGACCUCGCCAGGCAGGUGGACAGUGACUUGGAGGAGAAACAAUCACCUGCAAAUGAUGCCAUUGUAAGUGUCGUUCCGCGUCCAGAGGUCCCCCUCGUCGGAGUCAGGAUCGAUCCGAUAAUCCCGGUCAAACCCUACUGGAAGAAGCUGGCUCUCUGGUCCUCCUCACCCAAGUCUAUUCGAUCCUUGGUCAGACACAGCUACCAGCCAUUUUUCAUUCUCUGGCACAUCCCCGCGGUGCUGUACAUGUCGAUCCUCAAUGGAGCCAUGACGGCUGCGGCAAUCAUGCCCAUCACGGUGUGUUCCAUAUACAUGACUAUGGCACCGUACAAUUUAAUGGCUCAGGAGAUCGGUCUCUUGAGCUUGCCGGAGUUCAUUGGCGCGCUGGCCGCUGCUGUCAUCUGUGGUCCUCUUAACGACUGGGUGAUUCUGCGCAUGGCGCGGAGCAAUGGUGGGAUCUACGAGCCCGAGAUGCGGCUGUGGCUCAUUUUGACUUUUGCACCAUUUGUGGCCGCGGGUCUGUUGAUGUUUGGGAUCGGGCUCGAAAGGGGUUUACCGUGGCCUUUCAUCGCUGUUGGCUUGGGUGUGGCCUCGUUCGGGUCGACGCCGGCGACGAGUCUCUCUCUGGCCUAUCUGACUGACGCAUACACCGAAAUCAUCUCCGACGCGCUCGUGGCCGUCACAUUCGUGAAAAACCUGUUCCCUACCGCCCUAGUCUUUGCAUUGACGCCUUGGAUCACAGCAGUGGAACUCGCAAACGUCUUCAUCAGGGCCACCGUAAUAUUUAUCAUCAUCCUGUUUGGGGACAUCAUCUCCAUCGCGUUUGGCAAACGGUUCCGGACUUGCUCGGCAGGCAACUAUCGUCUCUAUGCAGGCCAUCCCUUGGAAAAAGCGUAA